AUGGACCUCUUCCCCAACGGGGGCUUCGUGCGGCUGCGGAGCCGCGCGCGGGACAAGUACGUCCACGCCGACGAGGACGCGACCAGCGUCUCCCUGCGCCCGCUCGGCGCCGUCCCCUCCCUGAACGCGGUGUGGAAGGCGGACCUCUGGCCGCUCCAUGGGGGCAACGUCCUCCUCCUCCAGGGCGCCGCCUACGGCCGGUACCUCGGGGUCGUGCACGACGAUGACGUUGCGCUGCCGUCCGGCCACCGCGGCGUCCGCACCGUCCAGCGCGACUUCACCUCGAUCAACCUGGACCGUCGCUUGAUGUGGAGGGCCGCUAGGGUGGAACCCGGCCAGAACUACGUCCGCUUGUGGAACUUCCAGCACUACCUCCGCGCCAACGGCAGGCACCGCUACUGGAACAACCUCGUCACCGUCGAGGUCAGGAACGCCAACGAGACCACGAUGAUGCAGUGGAUGGUCGAGGCCAUCCCGUCGACCCCGGAGCCGCUGCCCCUUCCGCCUCCACCUCAGCCUCCGGUUCAUGUAAGGCGUGGCCUGUUCAGGAGGCGCACCGUGCACGACGUGCAUCCGCAUCCGGGGCGGACGAUCCGGCUCGUGCGGUUGGACGAUGAUGGGAACUUUGUUAAUGACCACUGGCCUGAAUUCGUCUCCUACGACAACUCCGUGUCCAACCUGAGGACCCAUGUGGCGCAACUUGAGAAUGCCGAGAACAUCACGUUGGCCGUGCGGGCUGGCUUCAAUGCGCUCGUGAUCCCGCUUGUCACAGACCUGCCCAAUAACGAAGACACCAUGGAAAUCAUCGUCUACACCACCGGAUCACCAGCUGCUGCGGCGUUAACGUACCCACAAUUUUGAUCAGCCAGAAGUGUAGAGGAGCACGAGAGCAGAACUUCUAACAACUUCGCAAUUCAUCUCUUCGGAAACCGAAAGUGUUUAAGCUUUGCUGCCCCUGAAAUAUACAGUGACAUGAGAAUUGACUGUCAUCUUCCCUUAAGACAGCUUCAGAAAAUUCAGCUACUCUUAUGUAAUGGUGGUUAGAUACUUAGAUUUGAUGCGAUCUACUGACCGGAAGCAGUUUGAGAUGACAUUUCUGUUUCAGAACUUAAAAACUGUUGAAAGCAUUACGUGGAAGUAGAAGUAGUGGUGAAACGUUUUGCAAGGAAACAUUGGUUCAAGUUACCAUCUUCAUCUCUGUUGGGUGAUGA